AAGAAGGAUGUGAAAGCAGGCUGUGGAGGUUUCAAACCAAAGAAAGAGAGACAAUGCCCCCAGAAGUGCCUCAUUAUCGAUCUUCUGUUACUCCUCUAGUACGAUUCUCUCCUUCUGUCUCACCUGAAACUCAAUUAAAUCAACUGUAUAGACACAAAUGCUGGAGAGGAGAGACAAACAUGAAUUUUUCCGCAAAGAAACUCAUCCCUUUUCUUGUUUUGAUCCUUUCAAUCAUUUCUGUACUUAGACUUGUUAGAAUAUCAAUAACUACUACUUCUUAUUCUUUGCAUCCACUGCCUGCUUCACCACCUCUUGGAGACUCAUGUUCCAAUUCAUCUUCCAGCACUAAAUUUCAAUCAAAGAAAAGUAGCUCCAUGAGCACCACAGCCCUGCAGAAAAAGGAAUACCAACUUCUGUCAAAUCUCAUUUCCCAGAGAUCCCCUUGUAACCUCCUGAUUUUUGGGUUGGAGCCUGAGUAUCUAUCUCUCUCAUCAAUCAAUGCAGGCGGCAAAACCAUCAUUCUGGAGGACGACGGUACCAAGAUAAGCACUAUGACAUCAGAUUCCAACGCCACCAGAAUCUACAAGGUGGACUAUGAAGUACCUGCAAAAGAGGCCUAUAACCUGCUCAAGCAUGCAAGGGAAACCCCAGUGUGUGCACCUAGCUCAAAACAGCUUCAAGUAUCAAAAUGUCAGCUUGCAUUGAAACAUCUGCCACAAGAAGUUUAUGAGCUUAAGUGGGAUGUUGUGGUAGUCGAUGGACCAAGCGGGGAUAAGCUAGAGGCACCAGGCAGGAUGGCAGCCAUCUAUACUGCAAGUAUGCUAGCAAGAAAUGGCAAUACUACUGAUGUACUAGUGCAUGAUGUGGAUCGAACAAUUGAGAAGUGGUUUUCCUGGGAAUUUCUGUGUGAUGAGAACUUAGUUUCUUCAAAAGGGAAAUUAUGGAACUUUAGGAUCACGGAUCACAUAAAUUCUUCAAAAUUUUGCCUUGCCGAAGCAGUUACAAUAGUGUAA